AUGAAUAAUGAUGUUGAAUUGAAAAUGAUAGAAAAACCUGAAGAAUUGGUUUGCAAAAAUCAUAAGAAACCGCCAAAAUAUAUUUUAAAAGAUCAAAAUUUAACAUAACAAGAGAGAUUAGUGUGCGAAGAAUGUAUGAAAAAUCGUGAUUCAUCAUAACCUCUGACAUUUGAUAAUAUAUAUGAUACAAUCAGAAAAUAAAAGAAAGAGAGAAGUGAAAAAACUGAUUAAUUGCUUUAGGAAAGCAUAAAAUAAUUAGAGAAUGUUCAGGAAUUUAUAGAAAAAAUAUAGUGUUAGUUAGAGUCAAUGAAAAAAGCAACAAAUAAAUUGAUAGAAUCAUUAACAAAUCAAAGAUAGUAAAACUUCUAAUUCAGUUUCUAUGAGGAAGUGAGUAUCCAUUUAAAAGAAAUUGAUAAAUCAAAAGAGGAAAAUGAUAAGAUAAAUAAAAUCAGAGAAGAGAUUAUUAAUUAAUUUGGAAAACUGAGAAAUCAAAUUGCAUCAUUACCUUAAAACAUAGAUAAGAUUUCUGAUAAAGUCAUAAAUAAUAUUAGAAGAUUUUAUAAAAAGAAUUAUGAUGAAAUACAUAAGACUUUAGAAGUAAAUUAGAUUAAUAACAUCACCAAACAAAGAGAUCCUUGUUAUACCUUAACCUUUAAUAAAACGAAUGAUUUAUUAUUUACUGGAUGUGGAAACAAGAUUAGGGUUUGGAAGUUCGAUUAGAGAAAUAUUUCAGAAAUAACAAAACUAAAAGGUCAUCUCUUAACAGUAACAUGUAUUGUAAAGAGUAACAAAGUUAAGAAUAGUUUUUUAUCUGUAGGAGAAUGUGGAUCCCUAAUAAUUUGGAAGUAAAAGAAUGAAAAAGAAUGGGAAUCACUAAAGAAACAAUCAUAAUGGACAAAUUCUAUGAUUUUAAAUAAAGAUGAAACACAAUUGAUAUAAGCAACUGCUAAUUGUCAAAUAGAUAUUUGGGAUGUUGAUUUUAAUCAGAAUUAGUUAACCUUUAAAUAUUCAUUAGAUGAGUAUCAUACAAACACAAUAUUUGAUAUAAGUUUAAAUAAAAAGGAAACAAGGAUGGUUUCUUGUGGUGCAGACAGAAAAGUUAUUAUUUGGAAGAAGGAUAACGAAGAUUAAUAAUGGACAUUCUAACAAGAAAUUAUUUAAAUAACAUAUGGAACUAAAGGUUUCUUUCUAACUGAUGACAUAUUUUUUUGGAUUGGUUGUGAUUAAAAAACUGAUGAUUAGAUAUUUUUCUAUGAAUAAAAAAAUGGAAAUUUUCAAAUGAUUUUAGGGAAAAAUUUGUAAUUGGAAAAAGAUGAUUAAUAUAUUGAUUUUCAUCUAAAUCCAAUCAUCUACAAUUAAUAAAAGGAUGUUUUUCUUUUGAGAUUCAAACGUCACAUAUAUAUUUUUGGGAAAACUAAGGAUGGAGAAAGGGUAAUUUUUACAAAACUCAGAUUUGAGACAAAUCUUAUCUAUGCAACAUUAUCUGAAGAUGCCAAAUAUAUAGUAACCUACAUUGAAGAUAGCAAAUAAUAUUAAAUACAUGAAAUUAAAUGGAAUUGAAUAUGU